AUGGCCAGUGCUUUGCAGUAUUGCUUUCUGAUCCUGAUUUUCGGCAUUCCAAUGCACGAAUGUGCGGCAGUACUCCUAAAUGGCAGCUGUGUACCUGUGGAACCCUGUUUUGACCUGAGUGUGAUGGCUAAUAUAGCCGAGCGUGUCAGCAAAGACGUGGUAGCUGCGGAUGGUGAGAAGAUCCUCCUGAAGCACAGCUCCUUUGACAAAAUUCGGAAAAAGAAAAAUCUUCACAGCUGUGUCCUACAGAAGAUCAUCAAUCUAUUUCAAAAUGUUCUUGAAAAGACAAAGAAGAAUGACGUCCACAACAAGGAAGAAUUAAACCAUCAUGUUGAGCUUAUACACAUUAUGGAUCAACUCAGAAACUGUGUGUAUAAGACAAAAAAUAGAUGUAAAAACCUAUACAAGAUGUCUGAUAUAACCACAACUUCCUCUCCAAUGAUUUCGGAGAAACACAUGAACCCAAAUCAGCUUGCUGUCUUACAGCUACAAAAACUGAAGUCUGCCAGUAAGAGGCUCAAUGAUGUGCAAAUCCAGGAGGGGGUUAUGGAUGAGCUGAAAACCCUCCAUCUCUACAUGCAGGGAAAAGGCUUCCGGAAAAAUACACAAAUGACUAAGGAGAAGCAUGGCGUUUCAUGAAUUCUGGCCUACAAUGUGUUAUAUCAAUUUUCUGCCUGAUCACUUUAAGACGUGCCAGUUUAAGCAGGGACAGAAUAACAAGCUAUCUCCUCU